AUGUUGGCAAGCUUCAAGUCGUCGACGUCGGUACUCUCGAGGUCACGCCAAGCACUAUUCACAUUUCGCGGCCACCUUAGGGCACCACCCCACAAUGCUUUGCGUUUGCGACCAGCAGCGACGACUGCCAUUCCAGCGACGUCGGAGGAGACGGACCUGAUUCCUUUCUUUGAUCGACCCUAUGGGCAUGUCUCCCAGUCUAGCGCGUCUUCAGGGCUGUUUGCGCACAAGGACUUGACACACCCCGACUCGCUGACGCAUUUGGCUAACGGUGCACUUAUUCGCGCAUCUAUUCUUACCGAGCGAAUUUUGCAAGUAAAGGGGACUAAGCAAGACCUCCUGCUUGCGCUCAAGAACCUGGACAAGCUGAGCGACCUGUUGUGUGGUGUUAUCGACCUUUCAGAGGUCGUGCGGAACUCGCACCCGGAUCCGUUAUGGGUGGAGAGGGCAAACGAAGCAUACGACAUGCUUUGUGAGUUCAUGAAUGUAUUAAAUACUCAUGUUGGUCUGUACAAAGUAUUGGAACGCGUGUUCUUAAAUCCCGAAAUCGUUAGGUCUCUGAGUCCAGAAGCUUAUUACACAGCCUUAAUCUUCUGGAGAGACUUUGAGAAAUCUGCUAUCAACUUGCCGGAAAACGCACGAAAGAAAUUCGUGAAGCUUUCGUCGGAUAUUAUCACCCUGGGUCGACAGUUCCUGAAUGACGCGUCCUCACCUCGCCCUCCGGCAUUGAUCACGCCUGUAGAACUUACUGGUCUCAAGGAUUUCGGAAUGGGCGCUCGGCUACAACUGCAAGCUCGAACGACGAACCGUCCACUAGCCGUCUACCCCGGGUCUCUGCAAGCUCAAAUGAUCAUGCGUUCUGCUCCUUUGGAAGAACCGCGAAGAAAGUUAUAUAUUGCAGCUAGCUCAGGUACGGAGGAACAGGUAGAAACGCUCGAACAGCUACUACAGUCUCGGGCACAACUUGCACGCUUGUGUGGGAAGGAGAGUUAUGCUCAUCUAACGUUGAACGACAAAAUGGCGAAGUCACCUGAGCAUGUACAAUCAUUCCUCGAUGCGCUGUUAUCCUACACACGACCCCACGCCCGGAAUGCGCUUCUUGCGUUAAGCGAGAGGAAGCAGAAUCACCUAGGGUUACUGGACCGUCCUAUCAUCCAGGCAUGGGACCGAGACUAUUAUUGUCCUCCGGAGCCGCCUUCCCCAUCCAUUCCGCUCCCCCCGUUGACACCCGGUACCGUAUUCAUGGCACUUUCGAGGUUAUUCAAGCAUCUUUAUGGUGUCACCCUUCGACCAUUGGAUGCGGUCUCGGGAGAAUUAUGGCAUCCAGAUGUGCGCAAACUCGAAGUGGUUGACAAAGACGCUGGUGUAAUCGGGUGGAUAUAUGCCGACCUAUUCGCAAGGAAGGGAAAGGCCAGCGGUGCAGCACACUACACUGUCAGAUGUUCACGACGUACGGAUAAUGAUGAUCCAGAAGCAGAUACGGUCGAACCUUUGUCAGUUCUCCCUGAUGACACCAUCCAGAUGUCGCUGGACUUUGACCAGGAACACCGCGUCAAGUUACGAGGUGUUGAGGGGGAGUACCAGUUACCGGUUGUGGUCCUACUUUGCGAAUUUAUGCCUCCUUCGCCUACGAGAGGAGCUUCGGCACUGCAUUGGCACGAUGUGCAAACACUCUUUCACGAGAUGGGUCAUGCGAUGCAUUCAAUGAUUGGACGUACUGAAUAUCAAAAUGUCUCCGGCACGCGAUGUGCAACGGACUUCGUCGAACUACCCUCAAUCCUCAUGGAACACUUCCUCACCUCACCAACCAUCCUCAGUCUCUUUGACCACACCAAUCAAAACUCUGUCCCACGCGCAGGGAAUCAUCACAUCGACGCAUGCCACUCAAUCGACACUUACACACAAAUCUUGCUCGCCUGUCUUGAUCAGGAAUACCAUUCACCUCUCGCAGCCGAGUCGAACUUCGAUUCAACGCGCAUUUACGCAAAGUUGCAGGAAACCAAGGGUCUGAUUCCGUUUGUCCCUGGCACUGCUUGGCAGACACAAUUCGGUCACUUAUAUGGAUAUGGCGCUACGUACUACUCUUAUCUCUUUGAUCGCGCUAUUGCAUCGCGCAUUUGGACACACGUGUUUACGGUGGACCCUCUCAGUCGGGAAGCAGGCGCGCGUUUCAAGGACGAGGUCUUGAAGUUUGGUGGCGGGAAGGAUCCUUGGAGGAUUGUUAGUAAAAUCUUGGAUUCGCCUGAGUUGGAGAGCGGCGAUGCGAACGCUAUGGCGACCGUUGGAAGUUGGCGCAUUGAAGACGAGAUCUUGAUGAGGCAUUGAGUUCUUCGUUGCUUUGCAUUUGUAGAUACUUGCACUUGAGGAUGGACUUGAGGAAAUGUCUUGUGGUUGCAACUGAUUGCCGCGGCUUUCCCUAGAAUUGAA